GAGGGUCCAGAGCUGUCGUGGGGAAUUCUAGAUCCGAUUGGCCACAAGGCUGUCCCGCAUCACACCGACCCUAGUUACAAGGUUCCAGAUGAAGGGAACGUUCAGAUUUUGGUCGAGGGUGAAGCGACAACCGAGAAGGUGCAAAUGUUCAAUGCCGCGGUCAAGGCGAUUGGACCCGGGCCCGGGUCCAAGGCAAACAGCGAUGCUGAUGUUGCGACCGAGCAGAGAUUCUUCGAUCUGGCUCACCAGAAUCGGGAUCGUAUUCCGGAUAGAAGAUCUACUGAUCCGGCGUAUACCAAUCCUCGUCUUGAUAUCUUCAGCACCCUUCCCGAGGAGCUGGACAUCAUUCCCGACGACCUAGAUGAGGUGGGUACCAGAACCGAUACUGAUGCUGGUGCCCUGUCUUGGACAGUCACGCCAUCCAGGCGGGGCUCGCGUCAGGUGAAUGUCUCCGGCGAGGUUCCUGGGAGCGAUGAGCCUCAGGACGAUGCUGUGCUUGAUGGAGCAUUCAGACGGGGGUCCAGACCUCAGAGUCGCGUGCCUGCACGAUCAUGCUUUGCACGCGAACACGUGGGUGGUCAUGUCCCGGAGCAAGCGCCUCCCCCGCCGUCCCGAGAAAUGCCACCGCCGAGUGCUCCGGCUCAUCGUCGCUCCCGUGCACAGGAAACGGAGAAGGUGGCAGACUCUAAUGAUCUAAUGGAGAAGUGGAUGCAGCACGUGGUUCCGUCCGAGGAUAUGAAAAAUUCAACGAUCGAAACGCUUUAUCUCACAUUCACCAUAAAUCCCAGAUCGCUUAAUACCGCGAAAUACAUGGCGGCUUCAUUGCUGGUCAAGUUGAAUGCCAACACCGAUGACAAGACCAACAUGAAGAAUGCCGGGGUAGGUGAGGCGGGCGCUGCCGUCCGGGAGGCAUCUCCCAGUGGCACCUCGAUGGCUCCCGCAGAGACCAUCAAUCAGCAGUUCACUGGGACGGCAACCCGCACAGUGUCUGGGCCGCCGCAGAAGGUCCCGCGUUCCGAUCAAUGGGCACCGUCUAUGCCUAGGGGCAAGCCCAUGCCUAUGACUCGAACUCCCGAUCGUGGAAGAAGUCAAGCACGGGCGCCAAGUGUCGCCGAUACGGCUUCGACCCAUCCUACCGUGUCUGUUCCUGCCGACGAUGAAGGCGGGGCAAGCACGACAUGUCACGACCACCAAGGCCAAGCCCAGCCCUGGACAUUCCGACUCGACUCCUUGCGGAGUCCAUAA